CGAACAGCCUGACCUGCAACCUACUCAACAUGAUUCCAUCUGAUGCACGUGUUUUACUCACUGAAACCAUUGCAGCUACUCAUUUUAGACUGGAUUGUUUUCUGUCACACAACUGAGGUAGUUUUUGGAGAAGUAAUGGAAUUAAUUUCACUCUGGAGUCGCACUUUGAGGAGAGGCUGAACAAGUGGAUGGAAAGCGGGACGCCUUCAGACACCGCAUCUCAUCACCAUGGUUGGAUAAAAGAUUGACAACAACGGCUACAAAUUACUGGAAAACCUUUUGAAAAGGCAGGUGGAGAGCUGCAGGAUUGCCAGAAACUACCAAGAACCAGUCUUUUGGAUCAUAUCCAAACACAGCAACAUUCAAGAAUGAGGAUCAAGUACACAAUAUUCAUUGUAUUCUUUAUGGCACUUGUUAUAAUGGAGAAAGAAAACAAGAUUAUCUCAAGGGUGUCAGAUAAGCUCACUUUAAAGCAAACUCCCCGGACCCCUCUACAUCCUAGUGGUUUCUCCCACUUAAUGCUGAAGUACGGUGUUUCCUUCCCCGCACUCAGCAAGGACUUCAUGCUGAUGAAGCGUCGCCUGGAGAACUACAGCGAACACCAGGAGGUGAUGAAAAGGGGCAGGAAGCACAUUCUCCUGUUAGCCACUACCAGGACAGGCUCCUCAUUUGUAGGGGAGUUUUUCAACCAGCAAGGUGACAACAUGUUUUACCUGUUUGAACCACUGUGGCAUGUGGAAAAAAUGCUUACUUUGGACACUGGGGGCACAAAUGCUACAGCAGCAACUAAAGCGUACCGUGAUGUGCUCCAGCAGCUCUUCCUGUGUGACUUCUCCCUCCUGGAAAGCUUCAUUGACCCCGUACCAAUGGACCAUAUUACCCCUGCCCUCUUUCGCAGGGAGUCCAGCAGCUCUCUUUGUGAGGAGUCUGUCUGCAGCCCUGUCAUCAAAGGGGUCUUUGAGCGCUAUCAUUGUAGAACCAGACGCUGUGGUCCCCUGAACCUUACCAUGGCUUCUGAGUCCUGUCUCCAAAAGGCGCACAGGGUUAUCAAGUCUGUAAGGGUGCGUCAGCUGGAGAAUCUCCGUCCUCUGGCUGAGGACUCAAGACUCGACAUCAAAUUCAUACAGCUGGUUCGAGAUCCUCGGGCUGUGCUUGCCUCACGUAUGGUGGCAUUUGCAGCCAAAUACAAGAACUGGAAGGAGUGGGCCAAUGGUGGAAAUGUGCCCAUUGAUGAUGAUGAGGUGAGGAAGCUAAAAGGUAACUGCGACAACAUCAGGCUGUCUGCAGAAGUUGGCCUCAGGCAACCGCCAUGGCUGCGUGGUCGUUACAUGCUGGUGCGGUAUGAGGACAUUGCAAGGUUUCCAAUGAAAAAAGCAACAGAGAUGUACAGGUUCUCUGGAAUCCCCUUCACUUCACAAGUGAAAUCCUGGAUCCUGCAAAACACCCAGGCUUCUAAAGAGACCAGUGGUGUUUAUUCUACGCAGAAAAACUCCUCUGAACAAGUAGAAAAAUGGAGGUUCAGUCUGCCAUUCAAGAUAGCCCAGGUUGUACAGAGAGUUUGUGGGCCAACGCUGAAGCUCUUUGGGUAUAAAUUUGUGAGAAAUGAGAAGAUGUUAACAGACAAGUCUAUUAGUCUGAUUGAGGACAAAGUGUUCAACUUUUAAUAGACUUUAACAAAGAUUAACUCCAAAUACAAAUGCAAGAAAAGUAAACUUUUAAAAGUGUCCAUUGCAGGAAAUUAUAUUUAUUGGGAUCUUUUGUUCAGAUACAAAGCUUUAUAUUUUCUGAUAGUAUGCUAUUUAAUUUUGUUGUUUUCUUGUCUUUACUAUUUAAAACAGUUGGAUGAAGAAAUUUGAGUUUUUUUGUAGGACUGAAAGUAAACAAAAAACUAUUAAAGCAAGAGUGUUUAAAAAACUUCAAAUAUAGAAACAGCACAUUGAAAACAGAAACAUAUCUUUGUCUUUGCACUCCAGACUAUUUUAUGAUACAAUCCAAACUGUGCUGUUGGCUCAGCUGCAAGCCUAUCCUACUUUUUAUUUCAGAAAGACCAAUGGGUUUUGUGAGCAAUGUUUAAAAAACUUCUAUGAACCAUUAUUAAAUUGUUUUGUUUUUUUUCUUGUUGGCCCCACAGUUGCAAAGUAAACUGCUUUUAUACCAAAGAAACUCAUCAUCAUCAUCGUCAUCUCAUUAUACUCCAUUCAUUAUACUCCAUUAAUUGCACUGCAAUAAAAUAGUUUGAGUCCUAUUUAUAAGACAGGGACUCCUUUUGUUUUUAUAGGUAACUAUGAAUCUGAGCAAACAAAAAACACUUGUGGAGUUCCCCAAGGCUCCAUCUUGGGGCCACUGCUAAUCAACAUCUACAUGCUCCCACUCCCUCAAAUUAUGAAAAACAACAAAAUAAGUUACCAUAACUAUGCUGAUGACACGCAAAUCUACAUAACCAUCUCGCCAGUCCGAACCAAACACUGAUCAAAUUCAUUGAUCAAAUGAAAGAUUGGAUGUGUCAGAACUUCCUUUAGUAAUAUCAAGACGAAACUGAAAUAAUAGUUUUUGGAUCCCAGACAAAAACUAUUAAAAGUCAGCACUCAGCUUCAAAUAGUUACGUUAAAGACUAACAACCAAGCCAGAAAUCUGGGAGUUGUCAUAGACUCAGACCUGAAUUUCAGCAGUUACAUUAACACAGGUGUAAAGUCAGCAUAUUAUCACUUAAAUAACAUAGAUAAUUAAAGGACCAAUGGCUCAGCAAGAUUUAGAAAAACUUGUCCAUACACUUAUCUUCAGUAGACUAGACUACUGUAACGCUGUCCUCACAGGUCUCCCUAAAAAGUCCAUCAGACAGCUGCAGUUAGUCCAGAACGCUGCUGCUCGAGUCCUAACUAAGACUGAGAAAGUGCAUCAUAUAACUCCAGUCCUCAGAUCUUUACACUGGCUUCCUGUCAAAGAAUUGUCUUCAAAAUCCUGCUGUUCGUUUACAAAGCACUGAAUGUUUUAGGUCUA